AUGCUGAAAUUGCCGAAAGAAACAACCGCAGAGGAGGGGAUUACGCUAGGACCGUACUGGGAUCUUCAACCUAAAGUUGACCAUCGACGGAAGGCAUUCCUUGGUCGCAUCCUCCGCGACUUUGGUCAUACAUGGCGCCAUUUGCUGCGGAGAGAAAUGAACCAUGUCACAUUCAUGAAGCUGGCAUACGCUAUUAUCUGGAUUCUCGAUCUAGAGUUCACUAUAGUGGAAAGGAUGGGAUUCGAGCAUGUUGGUGGCCGCGGCGGGCCAUAUGUCGGAGUAGCAGACUUGCCACGAUGGGAUGUCCCUGAUGAAACGAUCGUGCGAGUUGGUACAUGCUGGAUUGUGUUUGCACAGAACAUUCCAAGCGGCCUUGAGAUGGUACGAGAACAUAGGAAAGCCUACGCAACGAUCGGCGAUACAACUGGUACUGCGACAUACGCAAUACUGACCCUCAAACAAAUCGUCUGCUGCAAGUUCCAAGACGACGAACUAGUGUACGCACUACCCGGGACACUCUUUGGCGACACCGAUCCUUCUGGUUCCGCUAUCGAACUGCUUCUCUGGACCUCAGAACUUCUUCCAGAACCACCCCAGCCUUGCCGACUCAACCAUCUUCCCAUCGAGAUCCAAGACAGGGUCCUUUGUCAAGCAGCGACAAGCAGCGUUGCAGCAGCUAAAUUGGGCAUUCAGCUUGCUUCAGGGUCACCGUUUUCUUGGGCUGAACAACGCUGUAAGAUCAGACUGGAGGAGGUACUAAGACAUCGAACAGAGGCAUCACCUGUCGAAUCUCAGAUCUUUCUCAAUGGGGUGAUGAGUGGAUUAUCGUAUAAACGCGAAGCAGCACCCAGUCGUUUCAAGGUUGACAUGGGCUCGCUUCCUGCGCCUCCACGUUCCACGGUUGCUGUGCUUCCGCCAUAG